UUGGCACCUGCACAGUUCACACAGGCUCGCCUCACAGCCCAGAAGGUUCAGGACCACAGGGAAGUCCAUGGAGACUUCAGGACUCUCCUCCCAGACCCAAGACCAGAGUCAAGACCAUGGAGAAGCAGAAGAUAUAAACCAUGGAGAGACGGAUGUCCACACCCAAGACGGGGAGGCCGGGAUCGUCUCUCCAAAACAAGAUGAGAAAGACAAGUCCUCCUCCUCCUCCUCAUCAUCAUCAUCCUCAUCAUCCUCGUCAUCCUCAUCAUCCUCGUCAUCGUCCUCUGCCUCAGAGAGCAGUGAUGAGGACCGGCACCUCCGAGUACCUGGAAAACGUCGGCAGAGCCAGGGGGCUGCACGCCCCCCUGGGCACGGCUCACCCGGUGCUGAGCCCCAUGAGUCUGGCGUUUUGAAGGAUGAGCUUCAACUCUAUGGAGGCGCCCCUGGAGAGCUGGUGCCCUCUGGGGAGUCAGGAAUCCGGAGGAGAGGCUCAGACCCAGCAAGUGCAGAAGAUGAGGCCGCUCAGUUAAGAAGACUGAACAUCAAGAAAGAUGAUGAGUUUUUCCACUUUGUCCUCCUCUGCUUUGCCAUCGGGGGCGUGCUGGUGUGUUACCACUAUUACGCCGACUGGUUCAUGUCCCUGGGAGUCGGCCUGCUCACCUUUGCCUCCCUGGAGACCGUGGGCAUCUACUUUGGGCUGGUGUACCGGAUCCACAGCGUCCUGCGAGGCUUCAUUCCCCUCUUCCAGAAGUUGAGGCUGAUGGGAUUCAGGAAGGCUGACUGAGGCUGAGGUCUGCCGCCAGGCCGGGCCCCACAUGACUGCCACUGUAUACCCCGAGCCCAAGAGGACAGAACGGCGUUUGGGAGACACGUGGGCAGGCCAGAUUAGAGAAAUAAAGAGAGUACUUCUCCCUCCUCCUUGUGGUCUGAAUGAUGGCCACAGCCAGGACCACAGAAUCAUUAGGGCAGUGCUGGGUGCAGUCCAGCUACCAGAAUGGAAGCAGAGGGAGGUGCAGGCCUGUGCCCUCCAGAGACUGGAUCAGCAGGAGGAUUCUCAUGUUGCUGCUCUCCAGAGACAGUCGGGGGCCUCUGGACCUUGCAAGCUAUGAUCUGUUUGGACUCAUGGUUCCUGUAGAGUCAUCCUGGGAUAGACAUACGGUCUACUGCCCUGAAGCAGGGAGACACAUGCCUGUCCCUGCUGGUCAACCUGAUGCUGGUGAGAUGCUGGGGACAAAGAAUACAGCAUCUGAGCACCUCCCCGAAGUGCCAUCACCUAGUGCCAGCCCUAUUGCCCUGGGUCACCAUCAAAAGUCAAAUAAAUAUUUGUUUCCU